AUGGCUCCCACUUUCCGCAUCCACCGUCCAGACGUCCUGGCUUCUUUGCCGCGUCCGCUCGACCAUACAAAGGGCCAGUACCACAUCGGAGAGGUCUACACACAGAAGCCCGGCUCGAAGAAGAGGAAGAGGCUGGAGGUCGUCGUCGGCGUCGACGGCGAAGCGGCAAACAUUUACCAUGUCCCUUCCUCUGGCCUGCGGACGUCCUACCCGAUCCCACCUCAAGAGUCCUUUACUUGCGCGCCGCACUCGAUCCGAUACCAGGGAGCCGACGCCAGUGGCAGUGGUCGCAACAACUACACAUACCUGUCGACGCAAGACUCGACCGGCGCAAAGGUCACCCUCUGCCGCGAUGUUAUCGACGUGACCGGCAAGACAAACUCGACCAGCGUAUCCCAGCGAGUGCGCCAUAAGUCUCCGAUUACCUACCUCUUCACUUCGUCCGCCGUUGAUACGACCGUUGUGAGCGACAGCCCGCAAGCCGAGAGAGGCGACGUGCUUGGUCUCUGCAGGGACGGCCAGGUUCUGUGUUUGGACGGGGAGGCCUUGGAGCAGAAGUGGAGCGCAUCCUCCUACAGCCUGUGCAAAGAUCUGCUCCCAUCGACCGUCUCCAAGUACGAGGUCGAGUUUUCUCUGCAUGCCGCGGCGUCAGAAAUCCUGAAUGGACUGUUCCAGGGCAGGCAAGACGCCUUUGGCUCUUUUGGGCGCCUGAUAGACCCCAAGACCUUCAACCCGGACGUGCUCACCAUCGUUGUCCGUACCAACACCGAAGACACGACAUCGAGGUUCCUCAUCAUUCUCGGCGUCCUGCCCACCGUCGCUUCCCAGCCGCUGGUCCAGCUCCACGUCACGCCCCUGCCUUCUCAGGAUGACAUCGCGACCGAGUCAGCCGCAUACCAGCUUCACACCCAGUCCGGAAAGCUCCUCCAGCUGUGUGGUCCUGUUCUCCGAACCUACGAUCUCACGAGUGCUGUGCCCAAGCUGCAGGGUCGCCUCCCCCUCCCGGAACUCACUUCGUUCCUCCAGCUGUCAGAACACUCGGUCCUCUGUCUGUCCAACAACUUCGCCAGCAUGCUGAAUCCCACCUUCCACUCGGUCCAGGCUUCGACGGCGAUCGAGCUUCCCGAGAGCACCGAGCAGCAGAAGCCAACUCUGAUCACCUUCCUAUCCAAGUUGGACAUGGCAGUCGCGGUGGUCGGAAACACUCUGGUAUCCAUCCAGAUCGAGCGCCCCAAGUCUCACGGCAAGGAGGGUCUCCUCAUCGACUCGAUAGGGAAGGGCCUGCCGAGAUCGGAUCGCGUUCCGGCAAGCUUGCCCAAGACCGGAAACACGACGUUCGAAACCUACCUCCCAGGGACUCUUUCGGACGAAUACGUCAAGGAAUCUUUGGCAGACGUAGAGAAGGCGGACGGGUACCUCCUGGCCCAGGACUGGAAGGCCUUUGAAGGUCUCUUGGCACAACGGUUCGGGGUUGCCAUCGACCAAGAGGCCGAGGUGACCGGGGUACAGACGCCUGACUGGAAGUGGCUGGAGCGCUCAGACAAGUAUCCCGCCGUCGACCGCCGGUGGGUCCUGUACGCCAUCAGCAGAGUCUUCUCGAUGGAUGUCCAGGCCGCAGAGGGGGGUCUCCUCCGCUGCAUGCUUCCCGCGAGCAACGUCAUGAUCUACCUCAUUGCCGCUGGCCACCUCACCAACGCCAACAUGUCGGCGGCCUUCAAGAAUGAGCUGAUCGAGGCGGCGUCCAAGGAGUCCAUCAUCGACAAGCUCGUCCAGCGGCUCGUCGACAUGGACCCCGCCCUGGAGCUACUCCUGAACUACGUCUCGGCGACCAAGCUCGGCGAGAAGGAACUGCUUCUGGUCAUCCGCAUCAUCAUGCGCAGCCUCGACCAACAAUCCAGGCUCCUGCCUCCGGCACCGACGGAGACGAAGGAGGAAGAGUACGUGGCGAUGGAGAUCGACCUCCUUGAGAAAGAGCUCGAGCUGGCCGAGUAUCACCUGGGCGACGACUCGAAUCUCCGCGCACGAGCCCUGACGACAGCCUUUGAGAAGCUCUCCAACUACUCCUCAGUCGCCACGGUACGGGCCCUCCGCGAGACCUUCAGCCCGACAGAGGUCCUGUCGCUCAUUCACCUGCUGCGAGUCCAGCUGAUUGGCAGUGCCUGGACAUCAAGAUACGUCGACACGACAAACUUUGACAAGGACGAGGCGGCGAGGGCACCGCCAGACGGCGCCAUCUCGCUCAUCGCGGAACUGCUGUCCCGAUGCAUUGAUUCCGUGGGCCCCAGUGGGUGGCUUACAAAUGGCACUUCGUCCUCGGGCGACCGUGCAGACGCGGCCGAUUUUAUUACGGCAUUGAAGCUCGAGGUCAGCGCCGCGUUGGAGGGCCUGAACGAGGCCGUCUACCUGGACGGCAUCGUCGGCGAGGCGGUCCAGUACGGCAGGGCAGUUAGGGCUGGCGUCAAGACGGGUCCGUCCGGGCGUGCUCAGGUCCUCGCUAAGCCGGUGUCGCUCGACGUCGAGAGCUCGCCUCAUCUGCCUCUGGGGCUUGUGUCCAAGCAGAACGUGUCCAACAUCAAGAUUGUCUCGGGUGGCGAGGUGCUCGAGAGGAGCUCGCGUGAGAAGGGACACCUGCUGAGUCAGAAGGUCAAGGCGUAUUCUCUGGAAAAGAUUUCAAUUUGA